AUGGAAUUCCAGUCGAGGGUCGAGCUUCCAUCUUUUAUGGAAUCCCAAUCCAAUAUCCAGCAUCCGCCUUGUCGUCGAAUCCAAAUCCAGAGUCUUUCCCCAUCUGCUGCGAGGACUCAGUACCCGGUAGAAGCCCCCGUCCCUAUACGAGUCUCCGUUCUCCAGCAGCCAGCCUUCAGCAGCCAGCCUUCAGCAGCCAGCCUUCAGCAGCCAGCCUUCAGCAGCCAGCCUCCAGCAGCCAGCCCCCAGCCAUCAGCCUCCAGCCAGCAAACAGCCGCCAGCCUCCAGCCAUCAGCCUUCAGCCGCCAGCAGACCCGCUGUUAUCACCACGGCAAAAAUCUCCAGAAAGGCAAAACACCAAGUCGAUCAAUCUCUCACACAUCCCAAGUUGAGAGACGCAGAGAUUCAGAAAGACACCGCCGGGUUUCUUGUAGUAGCAGUGAGCACCAGGGCCAGGCGGAGCUGAUGGCUGGCCCAGAUGUUGGCAGGGGAGGAGCUGGCCGAAGUGUUGGCUGGGGAGGAUUUGGUUAA